UUUUAGAUCCAAUUGUCAGAUGCUAGGUAAAGUUGAGCGCUCCGAACAAUUAAUUAUAACAAAAAAUGUAUUUGGGCAUAAACAUAUUCAGUCAUAUGACAAGAAACCUGAAACCACAGUCAAGGCUGGCUGGUAAGAAAGGAGUACAAUUUACUCGCCCACACGCUGCCGUGCAUGUGAACCCAUGCCACGAUCACUCAGUGCAGACCCAAAGAGAACUAAUGUUACCUGCAGUUUGGAUCUAGAAGAAGUUUUGCAGCGGUUACUUUUCUUUUUUAUUAUUAUUUUGUUUUUACCUCAACCUGUCAACAGCAACACGGGGAUGGAAAAAAUAAAUAAAUUCACUGCUCCGGCCGGGGAGAAGUUCAGGCAGCUUCAGAAGAUGGUACAAGACAUCAAGAAGAAUGAUGGAGGUCUUAUGAACAAGUUAAAAAAGUUUCAAGUUGCUAAUAUGCGCAAAACAGGAAUAAGCACAUGGGGCCGGCUAACCAACAAAGGACCGCCAUCUGUACCCAGAAGGGACUAUAAUCCAGAUGAUGACAAUGAAGAAGGUGAAGAGUGGUCUGACAAUGAAUUUGACAGUGAUUAUGAAAAUCCUGAUGAUCAUUCCGAAACUUAUGAAGUUCCGGAACUUGAGAACGAUGAUAGUUAUGAGCCCCCUCCGUGUGAACAGGAGAACAGGAACAUCGCUCCAGCCCUUCCUGUCUCCAAUGGGCAAUACGCAGACAACAGAACCGAAAGCAAGAGGUUACCUCCAAGAAAGCCCUUUCCCGUCCUGUCAGGUCAUUCAGCCAGUAAACCCAGGCUACCACCUCCUCAGAAAAAACAUAACCAGCAGCACCACUCUAAACCCAAACCAAGGAAAAAGGAGGCUGACGAUUGCGAUUAUGUGUGCCCCAAAGAUGAUGAUGAUGAAGAUGAUAAUUACAUUGACCCCUCAGAACAGUCUGCUUCUGCAGCUUCUCACCCCCCGCCUGUUGUUAACAGAAAUGCUAAGCCAACAAGAAACCAUUCUCCAGCUCCCAUCAGAGCAGAUAAGGUGGCUGAAGGUCCAGAGGUGUAUGAAGUACCAGAUUUGGAGGAAAAGCCGUCUCCGCCAGUCAACAGGUUUGUUAAAUCUGGGUUCAGAAAAGCACCUCCUCCUAGUCCGGAACCUGUAGAUGAUGAUGAAUAUGAAAUAUGUGACCCAGAUGACAGUGUAAGCGAUAAUAAUUCAGAGGAUACCAGUGCAGUCACUGUACUGAAAACUCCAAUACCACGACCCAGAGAGGGGAAACAAAAUAACCCCCCAUUGAAGCCAAAACCUAACUUACCAUCAAAAGAUAGUUUGCCUACAGAUAGACCUGCAGCUAUGAAACAUAGCCCCCUGAGUGUGGCUUCAGAAUUCGCUGCAAAAAUAAAGCCUCCACUUCCAGGGCAAAACUCAAGCACAACUCCACCCAAAGUUCCUGCAGUCACAAGUAGAGGGUCCCUACCACGGAGUGGCCCAAGUUCUGCAGAACAAGACGCUGGCGUUUAUAAUAAAGUUUGGUAUGCCAGUUCCAGUGACCGAAAGACUGCGGAAGAGGCCUUGGUCAGAACAAACAAGGAUGGGUCAUUUCUCAUAAGAAAAAGCUCUGGUCAGGAUAUAAAGCAACCAUUUACUUUAGUUGUGUUCUACAAGAAAAAGGUCUACAAUAUCCCUGUGCGCUAUAUUGAAUCAUCACGGCAGUACGCUCUGGGUAAAGAGAAGACUGGGGAAGAGCGUUUUGGAAGUGUGUCUGGUAUAAUUGAGAAUCAUCAGAAGACCCCACUGGUACUAAUUGACAACCAGAACAAUACCAAGGACUCAACAAAACUGAAACACCCUGUAAAAGUUUAACAACCAAAACAUUUUGCACAUCAUCUACUGUACACUUCUGCUGAAUUCCAAUAUAGAAUCUACUGUACCCUCUUCUGCUAAAUUCCAAUAUAGAAGCAACAGGGUUGGAUGAAUUCAAAUUGAUAGCCAGGUGUCAUAUCUAUUACUAGGACUAGUUUUGUUAGCUCCAGACCUUUUAUUUAAAUCAGGCAUCAGGAGCAUCAGACAGAAUCAUAAACCGAAUGUAAAUCAGCAACAAAUAAAAAUAUACUGACUCAAGGAUCUGUACAUUGUUAUACACAUACCAAUUGUACCUAGAAUGUGUAAACAUUUUUUUUGUUUGUAUUUUUGUAGUUAAAAACCAAUUCACAGAAAAGCAAUUUACUACAUAUUUGGAAAUCUGUUAUUUGCAUUAAUGUAUUUGUUCCUCAGAUGCUAAGGUUAAGAGUAAGAGUAUUCUGUCUAAUUCUGCGUCUCUGUGAGUAGCAAAUGUCAAAUGCUGUGUACAAAACAUGAUUAAUGAAAGUAAUACUUACACAUUUUUAAACUCUGAAAUGCUUGAUUUGUAUAUAUUUAUAAUAAAGAAUUGAUAUAGAAAAAGUCACAAUUUUAUAAAUACUGUAUACUACAGAAAUCAGCCUAAAGAAAAGUGUAAUCUUAAUUCGUAACAUUUUAAACAAAUGUCUAAGCUAUAAUAUUUUGUUUUAAGGAUUUUAACUAUUUAUUGAGCAUAAACAGUUGAUGGAAAAAAUUGAAAUUCAUUAGUAUGUUUAUGUAGUUUUUUUUAAUAGAUGUAGGCAAUUAAAUCUGCUGUCAAAAAAAAAAUCUAACCAAUGAAAAUACUGCUGUGUAGUUUUUUAAUGUCAUUUACACAAGAAAACCCUUUUUCAAGACAGAUGUCAUAUUAUGCAAUUAAUGCAAGAACACAAGCAGUCAGACAGUUCGGGCCAAUCCUUUUGCUUAACUGGUUGUUUUUUGUUUGUUUGUUUUUUUUAUAGCAGUAUUACUGUGAAAAGUGUCAUCUGAUUUCAUUAUUGCCCUGUUCACUUUAAAUAAAUAUAUUUUAUAUUA